AUGCGGCAAUCCUACCGUCGAGAAUGCGAGGUGAUCCUCAGAGAGCUGGAGCAGGGUGCUGCUACGCUCCUCUACAAUUCAGGGCUUGCUGCCUGCUCCGCUGUACUGCUCGAGUUUCUCAAUGCUGGUGAUCAUUUGAUUUGCAUGAAGCCUAUGUACAGCGGUUCAUACUCGUUCAUCACCGAAACGCUCACGAGAUUCAACGUCAGUGUCGACUUUGUAGAUGUUGAAAAGGAAGCAAACUUCACCUUAGCUGUGGAGAAGGCUAUGAAAAAGAACACAAAGGUGGAAGCUGCAUUGGAAGAAGUACGAGCCAUUUACGAUCGAUGCAUGGAUCAAAAGCAGUUUCUCGCCGGUUGCAUGAGCGGAUACAUAGGUGGAGACAGACAAACCAUCCGUGUCUCCUGUGAACAUCCUCACCCGCCAUUUUAG